CUCACUCCUGAGGAGACCAGCCCCGCCCCUACCUAUGCAACCUGCAGGCAGAGAGAGAGAGGGUUAGGGCAAAUAACAAAAAAAUCAGGACCAUAACACUCAAUCUUGUAAUGAAAGUUUCUCUUUGGAGUCUUAAUUGGUUACCGCUGCUUCAAGAUGGUCAUGUUCUUCUCUGGCUUCAUGUUCAGCUCUGCAGCAGUCCUCCUGUUUUACCACAAAGAGCCUUUGUUGGACGUGAAGCUGGGGAUGGAGACUAAGGCGGGUAUCGGGCUGGGUGUGGGAGUGCUCUGCGGCCUGAUGACCAUGCUAGUGUCCACUCUGGGACUCAUCUUCAGCGGCCUGCAGCUGGGCAGCCUGCUCGCCCUCCCACUCCUGGUGGUUAUUGGACAGUUUUGCAGCCUCACUCCAGUAUGGGUGCCUCUCAGUGCCUUGUUGGCUGCUGGCAUUGUCACUGCUGUGUUCACACUUCAGUGGCAGAAACUGUUCACAAUCAUUUACACGUCUGUGCUGGGAGCCACCACUGUGAUGCUGUGUGUGGACUACAUGAUUGGGACGUUCAUGCUGCCAGAUCAGGUGUACGAUCUGCUUUGUCAAGCUGCCCCACGUCAGCUCUGCUGGUUUGACUGGGCGAUCGCUGGGAUAUGGCCCACUAUGAGUCUGAUUGGUGUGUUGGUGCAAUGGAGGUUUACUGCCAAAGGAGUAUCGCACAGAGAAGCUGCAGACAAAAACAAGAGGAAACAUGCUAAUAGGUACAGAUAUAGAGAGACAAGAGGAAGACCUCGACCAUAUCGCCGGCGCAGACCUCCACUGCUGAAUCGCUAUGCUGGGGACGUCCUGGCACCGAGUUACCUGCAGAGCCUCCAGGAGCGCCAGAUGGGAACAGGCUCCUCCACCAGCAGCGUCAGCACCAUCACACACACACUCAUUGACUUUGACUAUGAGACAGGCUCCAUGGUGCCUCUGACUGCUUCCUCUCCUGUCUUUACCUUUUGAAGGAACACACAGCAUCAUAUGAUGGACUUUGAAUUUAUUUUCAUUUGAAAUAUUCCCUUCCUGCAGAAACAGUUCAGCCGUGUUCUCUGCUGGUUUGAAUCCUCUUUAACCGGCUCCUUCAGAUAAUCUUCUGCGUGCACACGCUGUGAUUUGAGACACUUGGAGCUUAUCCCCUCAAUGAUGACAACACAAAAUAACAUUAGACCGCUCAUUACUGGAACCACUUUAACUCACUUUGUGUUGAAGAUGGAGCCAUUUUGUUUUAUAAUACAGGAGGACAAUCUUUUAAUCACCAAACAAUACAGAAUGUAUAACAUGCUCAGAUUAGCUUUGGUUGUAAAAAUGAACUUGUACCUUUACAUAAAAUAAUUCACAUUAGUCAGAAUCAUAGGGAGUGUUGCACAAUAAGAACAAAUACAUCCCUGAUUUAACAGUUAAAGUAACACGAUUUCAUUUUAAUGUCAUGUAUUAAGGUUAUAUUAAAAGAUCUUAAACCAUCAAGCUAAAAUAGAGUCUUAAAAAUCAUAUUUAAUCCAAUGAAUAUAGACAACUUGAUAAAUAUUCACAAAACAAUAUUGUACAGAUCUAUUAGUUUUCACAUCUACAGUAUAACACAUACUUUAUUAUAUAUACAACACAGAAAAAAAACACACAUGAGGGAGAGGGACAGUAAAAAGACUUUAGAGACAGACUCCUGAAUUGCAGCAAAGACUAACAAUCAAUAUUUUUGUUUGAUUAUAAAUGAACCAUAAUACUGUUGCCUUGAUUGAGACAAAGUUUAAACAUUUUGUCAAGUGUUUUCAGCUCUGGAGUUUAUGCUUAUUAAAGAGCAGCUACAUGACGUCAGUGUGAGUGGUCUUGGCUAACAGGUGAAAUGGAAGUGAUAACCAAAGGAGGCAGGCGUCACAAAAACACAUCCAUAUGAGAAGAGGUCCAGAGUCCUUAAACAGGUGGAAAAAUGUGUGUAUGUGCGUGAACCCCGGUUGUGUUGGGGCCUUAAUAACACUGAAUAUUCAUCAUUGAAAGUCUCCUCUGACAUAAAUAUGAAAAUACCUAUGGCUGAAUUUUAUGCAGCUUUUUCAACUCAAAGGUCCUUGUAUUUUGCACGCUUGCUCACUGUCAUGGUUAAAUGCAAAUCAUCAGAGCCAUUAUUAACAUUAUUUCUAACACUUUUCCAAAGUGUCAACAAGUCAAAGUGUCUGCAGAGGAAAAAGCUGAUAAAUUCACGCUGCCUAAGACCUUCAUCAGUGGAUAAAAACAUCCAGCAAACACCACAGAGUUUGUCUUCUUCUGUUGCAUGUAUUCUUAAAGCUACUUAACAAUGUUAUUGUUGAGCUAAUAAAAAUCUUCUUUCAAAAGAGGCUCACACAAAUAAA